GCAUAUAGGCUGACAUCGGAGAUUCACUGAAUGAGUUCCUGGCAGCGGCAAGCGCAAUGCAAGAUAGGGGCCGCGGCUGAGUUGAAGCGCGAUUUAAGGCGGAAACUCUUUGAAUAUUUCGCGUUUCAUCUCGUCUUGCCUUCACAUCCGCUUUGAAAACCCCGAGGAGAGACAAUGUCGGUGCUAGCACUACAAGAGUACGAAUUUGAGAGACAGUUCAAUGAAGACGAAGCCAUCCGGUGGAUGCAGGAGAACUGGAAGAAGUCCUUCCUGUUCUCUGCGCUGUACGCCGCGUGUAUUCUGGGCGGCCGUCAUGUCAUGAAACAGCGGGAAAAGUUUGAGCUGCGGAAACCUCUGGUGCUAUGGUCGCUUACGCUCGCCGUCUUCAGUAUAUUUGGUGCCGUAAGGACUGGGAGUUACAUGACGUACAUCCUGAUGACGAAAGGCCUGAAGCAGUCCGUAUGUGACCAGAGCUUCUACAAUGGACCCGUCAGCAAGUUCUGGGCCUACGCCUUCGUCCUCAGCAAAGCCCCCGAGCUCGGAGACACGCUGUUUAUCGUGCUGCGGAAGCAGAAGCUGAUCUUCCUGCACUGGUACCACCACAUCACGGUGCUGCUGUACUCCUGGUACUCCUACAAGGACAUGGUGGCGGGCGGCGGCUGGUUCAUGACCAUGAACUACCUGGUCCACGCCGUCAUGUACUCCUACUACGCCCUGCGCGCCGCCGGCUUCCGCGUCUCGCGCAAGUUCGCCAUGUUCAUCACGCUGACGCAGAUCACGCAGAUGGUCAUGGGCUGCGUGGUCAACUACCUGGUGUACUCGUGGAUGCAGCAGGGCCAGGAGUGCCCGUCGCACAUGCACAACAUCGUCUGGUCCUCGCUCAUGUACCUCAGCUACUUCGUGCUCUUCUGCCAGUUCUUCUUCGAGGCCUACAUCGACAAGUCCAAGCGCAACGCCGCCGCCAAAACGGCUGCCGCCGCCGCCGCCGCUGCUGCUGCUGCCGCCAAAUCUGCCGCUGCCGCCACCACCACCACCACCACAGCCGCUACCACCACCACCACAGCUGCCGCCGACAAGAAGAGCCAGUGAAGAGAACCCCACAACACAGAGCAAAAGAGUUGGUAGAGGAGCUGGAGGGAGGCAAGGAGGGGCGGGGGAAGGGAAGGGCUGGGGUGCUGG